CCUGUCAGCUCAGUCAGCUUCUGCAAAACCAUCAUAUCAUGUGCUUGUUAUAAAAUACAUACGGAUGAUUUUUUUACGAUUUAUCUUAUAAUGAAGAUGAGUUUUGGUUGCUAAAAAAUCAUUAUAAUUAGUCUUUGUCAGUGAUUUCUAAUCAUUUCAAUGCCAUUAUCCGUACGCCAACGAACUAUUCUUAAUAAAAAUGGCGCUAAAAGAACCACUAGUUUUAAAGGAAAGAGAUCGUCAAAAGUCAGUGAGGGAGAUGUACUAGUUGUAAAUGCUCCCUCAGAUCUAAGAAGUAUUGCAUAUCCUGGAGGUGCUGUGGUUUUAGUAUUGUUACUCUCAGCUCGUUUACUCUCAUCAUAUUAUGGCCAUAUAGCGGACUGUGAUGAAACAUACAAUUAUUGGGAACCUUUGCAUUAUCUUGUUUAUGGAAAUGGAUUACAGACGUGGGAAUACAGUCCAGCCUUUGCUAUCAGAUCAUAUAUGCCAUUGUGGUUAUUUGCCAUACCUGCAAAAAUACUAGCUGUAUUUAUGAGUCCUGUAAAAAUAUUUUAUGUGUUACGAGCAGUACUUGCUAGCUUCAGUGCCAUUGCAGAGCUGAUGUUUUACAAAGCGAUAUGCCACGAGUACGGUGUGCACGUGGGGCGGGUGUGGCUGGGCCUCACGCUGCCGGCGGCGGGCUGCUUCGCCAGCUGCGCCGCCAUGCUGCCGUCGGCGUGGAGCUCCGCGCUCACGGCGGCCGCGCUCGCGUGCUGGUGGCGGCGGCGGUACCCUGCCGCGGUCAUGUUCACGGCUGCCACUUCCUUACUAAGUUGGCCCUUUACAGCUUUAAUUGGAUUGCCGAUUGCCAUAGAUAUGAUUUUCAUGAAACAACAAUAUGUAACCUUCUUCAAGUGGUCGGUCAUAUCGCUCGUCACAAUUUUGUUACCUAUGAUAAUAGUGGACUCUUGGCAUUACGGGCGGCUAGUUAUAGCGCCGUGGAAUAUAGUAGCUUACAAUAUAUUUACCGAACAUGGACCAGAUUUAUAUGGAGUCGAGCCUUGGACCUACUAUUUUGUUAACGGAUUUCUUAAUUUCAAUGUUGUAUGGAUACUAGCUUUAUCGAGUCCUCUGCUGUUGUUGGCGUGCACCGCAAUCUCGGCUCGCUCGACUGCCCGGGCCCCGUUCUGCUCCCCUUACUGGCUGGGGCUGAUGCCGCUCGCGCUGUGGCUGAUAGUAUUCAUGCUACAGCCACAUAAAGAGGAAAGAUUUUUGUACCCAGUUUACAACAUGAUCGUGCUGGCCGGAGCUAUCGGUGUGGAUUGUUUGCAAAAGAUGACAUUUGCGGUAGGCACUGAACUGUUCAGAUGGCGGAGAAUGAGGGAAAAACGUCACUACCUCGUGUACACCGGUGCGCUCAUGGCAAUAUCUGUUUCCGUAGCCGGGAUUGUCAGUGUUUCGCGGAUAAUGGCGCUUUUCAAUAACUACAACGCACCAAUGAACAUUCUGCAUCAUCUGCCCGUCACGAAUGACACAGGCCUUUACCAAAACAAGUAUGUUUGUUUUGGUAAAGACUGGUACCGAUCGCCAUCCAGUUUUCACCUGCCUCCCGAGUACCGGAUUCGUUUUGUAGCCAGCGAAUUUAAUGGACAGCUACCGGCACCUUAUGCUUCAUCACCUAAUGCCACCCGUCUCGUUCAACCACAUUUCAACGAUUUGAAUAAAGGUGACAACCGCACGUACCUCAUGCCUUCGGAAUGCCAUUAUUUGGUUGAUACGGACAUUGGACAGCCUAGUGCCUUGCAACCAGCGUACCACCGUAACUCAACGUCCUGGGAAAUCGUUGCAAGUCUUCCUAUUUUGGAUGCUGAGAGAUCCCAUACAAUUUUUAGGGCAUUCUAUGUUCCGUUUUUAUCGAAUAAACACAAUGUUUACUCGUCAUUAUACUUGUUAAAAAAUAAGAUUAUUGACAGUUAAACUAGUCAUGAUAUUUAAGUUAGCUUUAGUUAUGGGUACUAAGCCUUAACAAGUGAAACUGGUUAUUUUGACCAGUCAUUACUUAUUUAAAUUAUGUUUCUUCUCUGCUAACAGGAAAAAUGGUACAAAAAUCAAUUGCUGUCAUUGUUGUAAUUUUAAAGCUACUUUUUUAAUACAGGUGCCCAAAAAGUGGUAUAUAACUGUUUAGCGUUAGCUAAGUUCUGUUUUGCUCCUUUUGCGAACUAGUACUUUUUACUAUUCCAUUUUUUAGGGUUCCGUACCCGAAGGGUAAAAACGAGACCCUAUUACUAAGACUCCGCUGUCCGUCUGUCUGUCACCAGGGGCCUAUUUCUCGUACGUUACAAGUCUUGUAAUACAAGUGUGUAUCUAUGGUAACGCUUGUAUUUCAAUAUUUUUUACAAGUUUCCGUUUCACGUAAAUGUAUAAUUGUUACAAGAGCGGGGAUAAAAGAGUUUUCACAAGUGUUGUUGUUUCACAAGUUGACAAACACUAGUAGAUAUUAUAUACUAAAAUAGUAAUUUCGUUUCUCAAAAGCUGUACUUUAUACUUGUAGCUUGUGACUUAUCACGAAAUAAUGAGGAGUCUCUAUAAACUGCUAAUAUGCGUUUUUGGUAAAAAUCGAUUAAUAAAUAAAUGAACAUAUUGCAUUUUUAAGAUCUCAAACGUGUAAGUUUUGAAUGCACUUCGUUAAAAUCAGUAAUAUUAUUUAAAUUUAGCUUUUAUUCUCCAAAAAAAAAACAGUAAACUCAUUCGUAUGAAAUUAUUAUAAUUGGGAAAGAACCAGUAAAUGACCAAUAACAUAAUAAUUUUGUAACGAAUUCACCCGUAUUAUAAAAAAAAACUGACCCACCCUGAAGCUUGUAAACAUUCAUAGAGUGACUGACGAAACUGAGUUUGAUUUUACACUUGUAAUUGAUAAUUUUGAGAAACGCUUUUCAUUACUACUUGUAUUAUUAUACGCUUGUAUAUUCCGAAAACACAAGUCAGCCAUUUUAUUUUCCUCUUAUUAAGAUUAUGAUGCAUAAUAGUGACAUUAACAUUAAGAUAACAUUUAUAAUGGCCAUUGCAUUUCCUUUUUGCAUAGUAAACAAACCUAUUUUCUAACUUUAGACAGCCGCUUUGUAGCACUUGUAGUAAUCAUUCCUACGAGAAACAGAAUUAAAACACACUUGUACAAUGUAAUUUUAAAUGUAAGCUUGUAGACUUGUGAACUUGUAACGUACGAGAAAUAGGCCCCAGGCUGUAACUCAUGAACCGUGAUAGCUACGAGGGGCGUUCAAUAAAUAGUGAGAAUGAGUAUGUUAUAUACAACUUUUAUUAAAUGUUAUUUUAUUUUUCGACAUAGUUACCUUUUAGCAUAAUACACUUAGUAUAUCUUUUUUCUAAACUUAAAAUUCCAUUUUUAAAAAAGGUUUUAUCUUGAGUAUUUAAAAAAUCUUGUACUGCAGCGACUACCGCGUCGUGGUCUUCAAAUUUCUUGCCUCUUAGGUAUUCCUUCAAUCUCGGAAAUAGGUAGAAAUCACUAGGAGCGAGGUCUGGUGAAUACGGAGGAUGCUUAAGAAUAUCGAACCCAGCAUCACGUAUUGCAGCCAUUGCAACGGCGGACUUAUGUGCCGGUGCAUUGUCCUGAUGGAGCAACACAAUUUUCGAGAGUUUACCUCGCCGUUUUUCACGGAUCUCAUUGCGCAAUGUUGCUAUUUGUUUGGCAUAUAAAGUGCCCGUAAUAGUGGCUCCAUGCUCGAGAUACUCAAUCAUUACGACCCCUUUAUCAUCCCAAAAAACAGAGCCCAUGACCUUACCGGCAGAUGGCCCUACCUUGAAUUUCUUCGGAGUUGGAGAUGAUGGCCUUUUCCAUGUCAUAGACUGCAGUUUCGUUUCAGGGUCGUAAUGAUGGAGCCAUGUUUCGUCUAUUGUUAUAAAUCACGCCAAAAAAAAUUCCCGGUCUAGCUGUAUCAGGUCCAAAGCUUCUUGACAAAUCUCGACUCUAGUUUAUUUUUGCGUGUCAGUAAGCAUUCUGGGUACCCAACGCGCUGAUACCUUUUUCAUACCCAAGCGUUCAUGUAAAAUAUUAUGCACGCUCCCCGUUGAAAUCUUUACAUUUUCAGCAAUAAAACGAACCGUGACACGACGAUCCGCCAAAACUAAGUUUUCGACUUUUUUCACAAUUUCUUCAGUUACUGCUGUAGUAGGGCGUCCAGAGCGGGGGUCAUUCAUGGUCGAUGUUCUUCCACGUCUAAAUUCGGCGCACCAACGUGCGACUAUCGAAUACGGAGGAGCAUUAGACCUUAAAGUGUCCCCUAAAUCUAAAUUGACUUGGUCCGUAGAAAAAAAAUUCAAACAAGUAUUUGAUAACGGCGAGCAGUUCAAUUUUUUUCAUUUUCGCUAACGUACUCAAUAGCAUCGCAAAGAAAUAGCCGUAUUUUUUUUUAAACAAAAAACAGUUUCGUUUUUUUUUUCAUGGCAAUCAGCUAGGUAAAUUAGCUUUACUGGCCAGUAUUUACUUUCCUAAUAUUUAAAGAGUUUGCAUAUCAUUCUCAUUAUAUAUUGAACGCCCCUCGUAGACAGUUGAAAUUUUCACAGAUGAUGUAUUUCUGUUGUCCCUAUAACAACAAAUACUAAAAACAAAAUAAAAUAAAUAUUUAAGUGGGGCUUCCAUACAACAAACGUGAUUUUUUGCCGUUUUUUGCGCAAUGGUACGCAACCCUUCGUGCGCGAGUCCGACUUGCAUUUGGCCGGUUUUAUUUUAAAUUUAUUUCUUGUCCAUAAAGGUACAUCAACACCAAAGAGUUUGAAUGUUAAAAACUUUAGGUAGGUGCAUUAUUUUUUAUUUCGACAUUUGACAAUUGUUACGUGUAUACAAAAAUCAAUUUUACAUGACAAACUAUACAUUUAUUUGUUAUUAUUUAAAUAAAAAGUUAUAAAAGUACCAUUAUAUAUUAUAUUUCAAUAAAUAAGUUUUUGAUUUCCUUUUUGGCUAAACGAGAUUACCUAACAUUGCCAAGUUGGCUGUCGUGAAUCGAAAUAAAGAAAAAUUAAAAUGUAAAAUAGAUACAUCGGCCGCUAUGUUCGCUCAGAAUGUAAUUGUUAUUGUUAUAUUUUUGUACCUACCUAAUAAUCAUACAUCGUUAUCGCGGGAGCAAAAACAAGCCUGUCACAGAACACAUGUAACUGAACGUCCGUUUUGUAAAAGUGGUAUAUUCUGCCUACACAUUUUAAACCUCUAAGAUGUUCUUCAUAUCUAGCAUGAAGUUUUCGCAGGAAAAGGUCAAUUAAACUCGUAUUUCACUAUGUAAAUGCCUACCUAUAAGUCAACAUGUCAACUUGAAAACCAAGUUACCAAUGUAUUUAAUUUUUUAUAUCAGUAUUUACUUCUUAAAGUAUUUUAUGUGAUUUUAGUAAUAGAUGACCACACUUUUAUUUAAAUUCGAUUCUGCUACAUUUUGAGCCGAUAGGUACAUAAG